CAAAUGAGUCCCCAUGGCAGCUUUGGUUCCUACACGGAGACGUUGGAGCGACUUUGGAGUGACAACCUCGGGAAUGUAGCGCCAUCUUCCGGAAAAUAUAAACUUCAAACACGUUUUUCUUUUGGUUUUCUACCCAAGUUUUUGACAAAAGUGAACAUAUUCUUAAAUAUAAACCUGGCAGCUGGUAAAUGUGACGUUUGUGCAUAAAGAAGCCGUUCGUUAGUGAUUGUAAAUGGCGAAUAGAUCGUUUUGCUCUCCCAAUCACAGUUUCAAGUUUGGGGAAGUCUCUUUUGACCUGCUCACAGAUUUUCUUGUUAAUCUCAACAAAAGAAACAAAGAUAACCUCAACCAUCUAUCAAAAUGUAGCGGGACCUUCAAAGAUAAAAGACUCGUUGAGUACGUCUUCCUGAUCGCUAAAGAACUGAGACUCGAUCCACUGGUUGGAUACCAUGCCAUUGAAUUACUUCAAAGGUUCAUGGUCAAGCACCUCACAGAUUUGCUCACCACACCCACACCUCAAGGUGCAGCUGCUGAUCAGCCAGGAAGUUACGAGGAUGUUAUUUUUGACAAGAUCGAGGGAAAAUUCCCGCUCAUUGUCUUCUCCUGUGUGCAACUCGCAAGCAAGCUGUCUUUGCACAGUCAUAUAAUCGACAACAAUACUGCAGUGCAGUUUCUGCAUUCGGUCGGACACAGUGUUUCCAAGCAGACUCUCAUGAAAUCAGAGCUGAUGGUCUUGAAAGGGCUUGAAUUCAGACUAAAUGCCCCAAAUCCUCUGACAUAUGUGGAAAUACUUCUGGAGGUGCUUGGACAUAAUGAGCCGUCCAGCCCAGUGGACCGCCUGUAUGACUUGUGCCACCACGUUCUCCAGUUCGUCAGCCUGCAGAGGACCGCCAUCUACGACACCUUGUUGAGGAGUACCGUUCGGAGUGUCAGCCCAUCCAGAGAACAGAGAGAGACGUUUGUGACAGUGACUGAAGACUGCAUGCUUCUUGGUGUCGGUGUCAUCGCCGUGGCUGUGUUCAUCCUCCGUUUCAAAAAAUGGGAACAGGUUGUGGAAGAACUGAGCCAUAUCACAGCAAUCUCAAGGAAGAGCAUCAGCGAUUUCGCUCUUGUGACACUGACGCAUAUUGUUAGAUCCAAUUUCCCCGUAACAUCAACUUGAGUCUUAAUAACGGUCACCCACAGAACACUGCUUUAUAUUGUCACUCUUUAUGGUGGAGUUUGUGUUGUAGCUGUAGAUGUCCGUGUAGAACAUAUUCUGUGUAACUAAGACAGAUGUUUGGUGUAAGAAAAAUUAAUGUAAUGAAAUGGUGCCAAAAGAAAAAAUCCCCAUAGAGUGGUGACAUUCUUAAAAGUAGCCUGUUAGUGAUGGACAUAGGUCUAGAUUAUUUUGAUUCUACAUUCUGUAAAGCCAAUUUACUAUUGACACUUACUAGUGACACUUGGAAAAUGUAAUAAAUAUUGCA